ACUGGCCUUUUACGAGCGUUUUAUAACUUGUUUACAUUAGGCGAACACCACCCGAAAUGUCACGUAACGGAAGUGCUGGGAAUCAUUUUAUGCAAAAAUCUAUCAAAUCGCUGGCGGGCUGCAUAAAAAACGUCGUAAAGCGAUGCCUUCAUUUGGAACUACAGCAGCUGGAUAUUUGCCAGGGAGAAUCCGAUCCCGAUCCGAGAUUGGAGAAGUGCAACGAAGCGAUUUCGCAAAGCGAUUCCGUGGAUAAUUCGUGUAUUAAGUGGAUUGGAUAUCGACCAACUCGCGUUUAAAGCUUCCAAUGGGCGGAAUGAGGCAGGUGAGUCCAUUGAUGGGGAUGGUGGCCCUGUUCCUGCUGAUUGCUCCACAACCAGCACAAUUUUUUGGGCAAUCAGAUGAAUCACUUGAGACUGAUAAGCUUGAGCACAGUGUCGAAGAUGCAAUGGAAAAUAUGCAGGCGCUCUUCGAAUUCGGCAGCCCAAUCACUGCAAAGGAUUCCAGGCAAAUCUCCAAGGCCUUCGAAAAGCUCGCUAAUCAUAUUAUAAAAAAAACCAAUACCAAACCCAGAUCCAGUUCGGAAGACCAACUUGAAAAGGUUUUCCACAUCAAACCAGCCGACAACGCCAAUAUUCGAUUUUCCUACAGACUACCGAAAGGGAAAGUCCACACGACUUCAACUUCAACCGGCAAGAGAAAAAAGCAGCCUGAGUAUUUCUUAAAUUUCAUUUUUAACAACUACCGAAAUCCCAAGAAACCCCUGGAUCGCAAUACACUCGUCAAAAAACUGAAGACGCGACGCACUGGCAGGCGAUUGCUGCCCAAUGGAAUGCCAAAUCCUUAUAGAUACUUUCCGCUUAAGGGCGAAGAUAUGUAGAUACUAUACUUCACUAUCUAUUGAUUUGCUUACUAACAAGCACACCGAAAUGUUUACUCACUGAUAAUAAAAAUAGCUUUUUAGUGCUUAUUCAUUCACAGAAAAAACCCAAAUAAAACGAUUU